AUGGCUCUGUUGCUACUGCAGCUAGCAUCACCACUAGGCAUCUUCGGUGUUUUGGCACGUAACUGUCGGCAAAUCGUUUUGAUCAGUUGGGUCAACGUCGGUGGGCUAAGCCCUCAUCAGCACAUGAAAGACAGCUGUGUCAAGAACGUACGCACAGUUGAGGCUCGAACCGAGAGUAUCUUCAAUUUUGUACUACCUGCAGAACAACAGAUGUACGAAGCGUUAAAAUCGAUUACAAAGGCAGAUACCAAAGGUUGCUUGAAUUCUGAGAGGUACGGUCCUAUGACUCUAUAUCCUAAGGUUCCACGAUAUGAUACAUCCGAUCCACAUGGUUUCUUGAUGAGAAGGUACUUUGUCUAUACGAACAGAUUCGAUUUUCGAAUUAACUCGUACCGUCCUAGUGAUACUGUCUGCUGGUAUCCUGUCGCUGCAAGCGUCCUUCCAAGAGUACACAAAGAUAGAGGCUGCAACUGGUAUGACAUCAACGCCGAUCUAACAAACAACGCCUAUUUCAACAGCACCAACAUACUAUCAAAAGCUUCGCUUACACAAGCACCAGCGAAUUCCUUCUUCUAUUCUUGGGUCUUUGACAACAAGCCGGAGGAAAUGCACUUGUAUGGCCUCAAUACAAAUGUGCAUUGCCAGACGCCUCAUUUCGGAUGA